AUGGCAAGAGUCAGCUUGGGCACCAUCUUGGUCCUAGCCCUUACCUUCGCCCAGCUUGCGGCAGCACAUGAACCGAUCAUUCUGCGACCCCUCUCCCGACAUUUAACUUCCAUGCAUGACUCUCUCGAGAGGAGAGGUAAUAGCGAAGUAGAGGCCUGCAAGCCUCAUCGCCGUCUCGUCGGUCAUCCUCAUGGAGAAAGAAAAGGAAAAGGAGAAGACCAGUGGAGUCAUCACAAUGGUACUCAUGGUGGGAAACACGGCGACGGAGGUCAUGGGCAUCACGAAGAGACAGGAAAUGGAGACCGUGUCAAAACAUGCAUAGUUGUGGACCUCCAAGAUGAGGAAGAGCUGGCGUGGACCACCCCUGACGGCACUGAGGGCGAUGCCCAAGCUCUCGUCUCCAUCCGCAUUACCCCUUACCCAGGGCAGAAAAUCAUCGACAUGGAGAGAUUCACCUCAGACCUCGCCGCAGUUGAAUGUGCCAGCACUACGGUUCUCCAAUUUGAACACCGCUCAGUCUUUGAUCGCGCCGUGCAAACCUGGGACUGGGUGAAUCAAGCUGCCGAUCGUGCUUUCGUCCUGGCAGGAGAUCCCGUGGCCUGCAAGUCAGGCGACGAUCGGGAUCCAUGGCUUAUUAGCUCCGCGACUUUUGACGCUUCGACCUUGACCAUCCGGCUAGUGGCGGAGAAGAAGGAGUGGACCGAUGUCACGUAUGCCUACGGUGUGGAUUUCGGCAAUGCUGGGACCCAAGCUUUCCAGAAGAUGAAGAGAUAUGCUCUCGACACGCAAUUCAGGGUGGACUUGGAGGCGGACUUUUCAGGGCAAAUUGUUAAUUUCCCAGUUCGAGACCCGACUCCGGGGAGCACAAACCAUGCGAAUUUUGAGGCAAAUUGCGUCAACUGCGGUGUUCACGGCCAUCUUGCAUAUGAAGGGCAUAUUGAGGGCGGUGUCUUUGAGGGUCUUACGAGAUUCGACGUAUCCCUAGUGCCCCGGGAUGUCCACGUUGACGUCAACCUCGAGUUCCUUCUCUCUGGAGCUCUUAAAUUCCCAAACAAUCUAGGCAUUGGAGACCUACAGCAAGAAUUCAACAUCAGGGAUAUACCCCUCCCCGGCGGCUGGACAAUUCCAAAGCUCCUAAAUCUCGGUCCCUACAGCAGGCUCGUCGCUGGAGUUGCCCUUGAAUCAAUCGAAGGAUCGGCGACGCUUACGACGGGAGCCACGGCGAGGAUCCCGGAGAGCUCAGUGGCGAGACUCGAUAUUCUAUCGGUCGCUAAUACUGGAAUUGACGGGUGGAUUCCCGAGUUUGAAGUGCACCCAUUGCAGCUCGAUGCCGACCUAGCUGCACGAGUUAGUCUUUAUCUUGAAGUUGCACCCGGGUUUGGCGUUGUUGCCUUCGACCAGAUGGGCCUGACUGCAGGCCUGGCUUGGAAAUUCGUCGACAUUAACCUUAACAUCACAACCGGUUUUGAUCCCAAUGGUUUCUGUCCGGAGGACACUGGCCCGUCUUCGGGUGUCAACAUCCACGUCGACCUCGGCACAGAGCUGAGCGCCCAAAUCGUCCAGAGGCUAAAAUCUGCAUCCCUGCCGGAUAUUGAGAAGGGAAAAGUCAUUUUUCUGCGAGGAGCAGAGAAGAUACCACAGAAAAUAGCGGAGGAUAUCUCACAUCUACCAAUCGUUGCACGCCGUGCCGCCGGCAUCGACAGCACAGACAAGGUCCUCGUCAGCAAGCCACUCCUCGAUUUCCCCAAUCUGUAUCCCCUCGGGGACGUAUGCUUUUCCUCCGGCGCGUCCUGCGAUGUCGACAUCCCCGACGGGGAUGACCCUGACGAGAAGGAGUGGUGGUCUGCCGAGAUCGACGGGGCUGACGACGCUAGUGAAGCUGGUACUUCUAGGAGGGAUAUGAAUGGGUUGGCUCGUCGCGCAUCGAACAGAGUCCUGAAGUGGAAAUGCAAUACCGCGGCGCCAGUAGACGUUCAACUGAAGCCUUACCAUGGCCCAACCGCGAUUAGGAAUGCAGGGGGAGCUGUUCCCAUUAUGGUGCCAUUGCUGCCAUGCACGGCAAGCAAAUGCCCAGCGAGCAAGUGGGACAUCGCACCUGGGUCAGAUUGGGGAGUUCUGGACACGAACGAAAAUGGGCCAAGUUACGGAAAAUGGUCUGCCGAACAUGUCUACGAAGGAAAUUGGCUCCUAGAGUUCUGGGACUACCUGGCAUCCGACCUCAACAUGCAGUGUAAUAAUGUCCAGAAAAUCUUUGGAGUUGGUCAAACACCCGCUCCUGGAUCCCCCAGCAACGUGGCCGACCAACUGUUAUCCAAGGUUGGGACGAAGCUCAACUAUGCUAACACCAUGACGGUCUUGCCACUGAGGGAGAAUGGCAUCAAAUAUCGAAUAUUCGCCGACCGAGUAAUUGAUAAAAGAUUCAGCUCAAGGACACCGGAUCAAAAAGUUUGCUCUAUUGGGAGACUCGCUUCCGUUUGCAAGUACAUGGAACGCGAGGAGACGCAGCGUCAGUUGAGGAAUACUCUGAUCUCUAUCAACGAGGUUCUGUCGGACUUAGACAAGACCAACGCGCAGAAGCCGACAGGUACACGGCAUGCCAAGGCACACAUGGAUUGGUUCAAUAUUAUGUAUGAUAAGGGAAUCAAGCAUGCGAGGCAGACCCUCAUCGACUUUUCUCGAGAAUUGACGAAAGACCCCAACGUAUUCUCGACACUAGCAGUCAACACACGCACUCGGAUACAGGCGAUUAGUGGCCUUGAUGCCUCUUCCGCACUGGGAUGGGAUGCGAUAUGCAAGAAUACGUUCGGCUACCCCACAGAGGGAAUAGAUUGCGGCGAUACCAAAUCGGACGUGAAUAACUGUGGAAAGUGUUUUAAGAAGUGUGAUCAGGGCCAAACGUGUGUUAAUGGCGGCUGCGUGGGUGGAGAGUCUCCCGGAUCUGGUUCUUCAAGCUCCGGAUCCGGCACGGUGCCAGAUCCUGAGCCCAGUUCCGGGUCAGGGUCCGGGUCGGGAGCGGGCUCGGGUUCGGGCUCGGGUUCAGACUCGGACGAAGACUUGGGCGGUGGACGAAGGCUUUCUGGAGAGGGACGUCCCAUCGGGGGCGCUCGCAGUUAUCGAAGGGCCGCGAGGCUACGACUUGUUAACCGGACCUUUGACCACUAUACGACAGAUGCUCUCCUGCACACCGAUAUUCUAGACCACGCCGUCCUCCCUCAUCAUUUAACCGUGCUAUCGACGCGUAGCAAAAUUUGGCAGACUAGCGCUGAGUUUUGCCAUCCAGUAUGGCUACCUCUCGUCGCGAGAUAUCUUGCCCACUACAUGAUCACGGGGAAGACGCAUACAACGGAUGAGGCUCGGAAGGUCACCUACCUUCUCCGAUUAGCUCAACACUUAUGUGAUUUGAGGGUAGGACCAACCAAUACUGGUCCCGCGGACGAUGUGCACGCCUACUUAGAACACGUUGCGGCCCUGGACAUCCUCAAGGCAGACUGGGAAAAAAGAACGCACCUUCUUGAUGCUGUAGACGAUGGGGCCUGGAACUUCGAAGAUUUCAGAGGCGAUCUCCUCGAUGCCGCCAUCUGGCUGCAGGACAUUGAGAUGACUCGUCAACUCUUGGCGGAAGAGAAGCAGGAUUCUGGGGAUAGUGAUUUGCAUGAUUCAAAACUAUCAAUCCGCCUUAGGCUGGCGGCCGAGCGUGGAAACGUUGAAAUCAUACGUCUCCUGCACUUGAACGCUGGUGGGAAUUCAAGGGGAUUAUCAAGCGAAGUAGCUGUUUCGCUGCUUGCACGGGCAUGCCAAGCUCGUAACGCAAAGCUCUUCCAAUACACUCUCGAUGAGCAUGACGAGAACGACUCAUGGAUACCACAUGUCGACAGCCUCAAAUCAAUCGCCCAGUAUUGCCCCUCUGCCGAUAGUUAUCGCCAGGUUUACAAGAUCCUUGAUGAGUCGUACAGCAUCAUCGCUAGGGAGUAUGAUCAUGCGACCAGACCUCGAUUCCCAUUCAAGCCGAUCCCACUAUUCGUGCAAACAAAUAUACAAGGGACGCGGUGGAGAACUUCACAUGCAGGUGGGUGCGGACAUCCUACUCUUAUCGACUACUUCGUCCACACCGACGCUUUGUUAGACGAUCGUACGGGCUUUUGGGGGCAGUCAAAGAGCGGGCCUCCCGUUUUGGACCGUGCAGAAAUCAUGAGCUUAGCGCUGGCCGGAGCCGUAUCUGCCGGGUCGUUGGAUGUUGUCCAGUUCUUGUUAGACAGCGGUGCCGAUCCAAACGACCGCCUGUAUCUGAAUCGAGCGAUUCGCAAAGGCCACAGAAGGAUUGCCAAACUUUUGGUCGAUUAUGGUGCCGACGUGAACCUGGGAUCCCCGCCACCGCUUGCCACGGCAGCCUUGCAGGAGGACGUGGACUUGUUUCACUACCUACUUGAAAAGGGAGCUGUGCUGGAGGACGAGGGCCACCACCCCGGUGCUUUAGCUAUGGGUCUUGCCCAGCUGUUCGGACUGGACUCAAUGGCUGCGGAGCUUGGCCGGAUGGGGAUUGCCGAGAACCCCCGCGUGCAUUGGGUGCGGUCUAUUCAGGAAGAGAGCGAAUACCUGUUCAACACCAUGCCGCCAUUGUGA